AUGACGGCAGCUUCUCUUCUGCUCCUUUUUGUCAGCGUCUGUGCAGCACACAAUAGCGACAUAAAAGACGUGACGAAAGCAGUAAGCACAAGUGAGUUGUACAAUAUCUGUCCCGUAUUUGUCGAGUUUGCCAAAGAGAGAGAGCAUUUGUCAGACAAAGAGCUCAAGGCCAAUGCCGCGGAUGCAGCCAUGUCGGCUUAUUUGUUAAGCCACCCGAAUAAUACUUUGUGGGACUACUUUAAUCUCGAGCUCGAGCAAAUACAUCAGACAUUUCUGAAUCUGCCACUGGUUGAGCGCCUCCAACGAAUGGUCAAGAGCGUUUUCAACUACUCGCUGGAUACGGUUAUUGCACUUGCCCACAUGAUUGCUGAUGUUAUUGAGUGGCUUCUCAAUACGAUUCGUCAUCCGAGUGUUGGUCUUCAGCAAAUUGUUGACUUUGGUCGUGAUUUCGGCAAGAAUUUCAAGAAUUUAUGGGGUUUAUUAAAACAAGACCCGAAAAAUACAGCGGAGAAUAUAGCGGGAGGAUUCCUUUUGCAUGUCGAGCAUCACAUGGCCGACUUCACAGCCGAGUCCAUUCUUUUGGUCGGUACUGGUACCGCUAUGAUCGCAGGACUCAUGCGUGGUGUGGAAGCGAUUGCGGGACAACUGAGCGAAGCAGCAUCCCACGCGCUGUUAUCCGUGCUCGUGUUUAUCCAUAUGAUUGAUGACCCUAUUUUAAUCGUUACUCCACUCAUUACAAAAAUAUUUGAGACUUCCGGCGACCUCCACAACAGUUCCGUCAGUACCAAUGUCACGACUGUGACGAUUGUUGCAGUAAAGCCUCUGAAGACAUGUCAGAUUCCAGAAGAAUAUCGUCCUCAAUUCUCGACUCGCGACUUGUGUUUGAGCUCGAGUUUGUAUGUUCGUAAAUUGAUCUUUGGAUCGACUAAGCGCUCGGCGUUGAUGACCUCGCAAGAACGCAUAGCUGCCUACAAUCGAUUCCACGACUUUGUAUGUUGUUUUUUAAAAGACCACGAGUUUGAGGUAAAUACGGUAGAAACCGAGGCGGCCAUGUUUAGAAAAAUGCUUAUUACGACCCCCGUCAAGAUGUCAAACUGCUCUCAGCUCAUGGGUGAGUACACUACUGAGACAAUGUGGACGCCCACUGCUAGUUACGAAAAUGACGAACAUCUAGAUUAA